AGAGGCGGAGCGGCAGGAGGAGAGGAGGGACCGGGCAGCUUCAGCGCUUCCUGAACUCGCAGACGCCCCCCGGGACCAUCGCCCCCCAUCCGAGCCGCAGAUGCCCCUCGGGGGGACAUCGGGGGAUCCCCGGGAGGAUUUUCCUUAGCCAGAUGGAAGAGAAGGCUGUGAGGAAGAGGAGGAUGCCCCAGGACAGCCAGGCAGACAAGGAGCUGAGGAUGGAGACCAGGGAGGACAAAUCCCCACAGCAGAACCUCGUGAAAGAGGCCAUUUUGAGCUGCUCCACUGUGAAGGAAUCCAACAGGGAGGAAAAGCCCCUGAGAUCCCACAGGAGGAAGGGCUCCAAACCCAUGCCAGGGUGCUCCGAGGAGGAAAGCCCCACCUUGUGCCAGGAAGGUGGACAGAGCUUCAGCCAGGGCUCCGAGCUGGUGGUCCCUGAGCAGCUUCAUAACGGGGAGAAGCCCUACAAGUGCUUGGAGUGUGGGAAGAGCUUCAGCCAGAGCUCCAACCUGAUACGCCACCAGAUGAUCCACACCGGGGAAUGGCCCUAUGAGUGUGGGGAGUGUGGGAAGGGCUUCAGCCAGAGGUCCAGACUUACCAUCCAUCAAAUGAUCCACACCGGGGAGAGGCCCCACGAGUGUCCCGAGUGUGGGAAGCGCUUCAGGUGGAGCUUCCACCUGAUCCAGCACCAGCGGACCCACACUGAGGAGAGGCCCUGCGAGUGUUCCAAGUGUGGGAAGAGUUUUCACUCCAGCUCAGAUUGUCUUCUGCAUCAGCGGGUUCACACAGAGGAGAGGCCCUUCUGCUGCCCCAACUGCGGGAAGGGCUACAAGUACAACUCCCACCUCGUCACCCACCGGCGCAUCCACACUGGGGAGAGGCCCUACAAGUGUGGAGAAUGUGGGAAGGGCUUCACCCGGAACUCCCACUUGAUCUACCACCAGAGGAUUCACACUGGGGAGAGGCCCUACGAGUGUAAGCAAUGUGGGAAAAGGUUUCAGACCAGCUCCAAUCUCUUCGUGCACCAGCGGAUUCACACAGAUGAGAGGCCCUUCUGCUGUGCCAUCUGCAGGAAGGGCUUCAAGGAAAAUUCCCAACUCAUCAGGCACUGGUACACCCACACUGGGGAGAGGCCCUACGAGUGUCCCCAGUGUGGGAAGAGCUUCUCAGAGAGCUCUACUUUGACCAGACAUCAACGGAGGCACCAGUAAGGAAAGCCCUGCGAGUGCCCUGACUGUGGGAAGAGCUUCCUGUGCUGCUCCAACUCUAUCCCCCAUUGGAGGACUCAUGUUGGGAAGAGCCCUGGUGACCCACAAUUCUUGUCAUCCACAUUGGGCAGACACCUGGCUGGUGGUAUCCACAUCCUCCUGGAUCCUGAUAGGCACCUGGAUGAACGCAGGGGCGGGAACAUCCACUGGGACUCUGACACUGGAAAUUAAUUGGGAAGAGCUGAUUAUUUGACUUAACAGCCCAAAAAGUUUCUUUUGCUCAGUCCAGUUGUUUCUUCUGGUGGCAUCAAGCAACGCUGGAUGAUCUUGGAGUUCUUUUCCUACCUGAAUAAUGUCCAUGUUUAUCCCAUCAAAACACCCAGAAUUGGGGUAAAAAAUAAAGAAAUGAAGCAAAGAGA